AUGAGCGCUUUUGGUGCAGGCUCGCGCCAGCAGCCAAAUUUACGUGAAUUCAUUACAUCUACCAGGACGAUUCUAAAUUUAGCGAUUUCCGCCAUUGCUUUCAUCAGUUUCUGCGCGGUCGUGUCCUUUUCGGAUCCUCACGGAUGCCUCUUCAAUUUGAGCUCGACCUGUGGCUUCGCGAAGUUCGUCAUUGGCCUGGCACUAGCGCAUGGAGUAAUUUUUGUGGCAAUCGAGUGGCAACUGGACAAGCAGGACUCGUUGCUCAACACGAGCGAGAAGAGAAAACUUAGUGUCACCUACCAACUCCUCUUCUCGUUGGUCUGGACGCUCUUUCACUUUUGCCUUUUCUGCGCCACUUGGGCGGGCUGGAACCAAACGAAAAACGACCCAGAGCGCGACGAGAACGCGAUCGGCCUUGGCGCUGGAACCGCCAAAACUGUUAUUUCGUUUACUUUCUUCAACACGAUUCUGUUCGGCGUGAAAGCGUUCAAACUCUUCCAGCUGUGGCAGAUCGGCAACUGGGCAGUCCCUGAGUACGACAGCGAAGCACUUGCUGGUGCCAAACCCUUCACUUCUUUCCCAGGCGGAAACAUGCAGACAUCGACGUUUCCGGAUCAGAGUUCCGGCGUCCAAGCUGCCGAUCUAGUCUACGGAUAA